CGGUCAAAUCCUGCCCAAACAACGGCAGAUUCCUUUCUUCUGUCAGAAAGGAACAAAGCCACGUUGUUUCAAAAGGCUUUCUUCUGUUCGAUCGGCGGUAAACAAUCGCGGCGGGUGCGAAAACAAUCGGUAUUGUUUUAAUUUCGAUACAAAGUGAUUGUUUGUGUGAUUAAGUGCGAAACAAUGAGCUCGGCCGAAGACGAGUCGAGUCGGGAUGGUCUCCAGCAGCAGAUCGUCGUGGAAGAGAUCGAUCAGACGGAAGAGUUGCUGCUGGUCGCCGCCGGGGACAACACCAGCGGACUCGGUCAUGAUAGCACGGGUUGUUCUGGGGAAGAUGGGGUUGUGAUUGAGGCUGUGGAAGGGGAGGGCGAGCAGCAGCAGCAGGAGGAGGAAGUGACCUCUGUGAUUAUCGAUGACCACUGGCCUAGCGGACAGAUUCUGGUCGAGGGCGUCGAUGAGUAUGGGGGCACGAUCCACUUCUUCGCCGACACGCUGAGCGUCGCCAGCAACAGCGGCGGUUCCCAGUCUCCACCACCGUCGGGAUCGGCGGCGACCAACACGACGACCACGACGACGACGGUAACCGUGAUGGGUCUGCCCGACGGCGAGGAAUCCGACGAGGAGGUCAAAAAGGCCGUCGAUCAGUACUACAACCAGCUCGAACUGCCGGCCAACUCUUCCGGCGAGGACGAAGAUCCGGCCGCCGAUCCGGACAAUGCCUUCCUCAACAGCUACAUGAUCCAGUACAAGAUGGAAUCGAUGCGGCAAAGCACCGGCGACGAUAUGCUGACGAUGGAGUCUGACAUGAAGGGCGGCAUACUGCACGCCACGAUGCCCCCGCAUCACGGGUCCUCGCUGCACGGGCACUCGACGUCGCCGUACGGGGCGUUGGGCUCGCUGAGUAUGAUGAACAUUGCCCAGUCGCAGUUGGGUGGCCACCAGACGCAACAUCUGGGUCACCAGCAGCAUCUGUCGCACAGCAAUAGCGGGAGUGGGUACGGCGGCCAGACGCUGAGCAAUCCGCACGGAUCUCCGCUGCAGCCGGGCUCGGGGCUGAGUCCGACGACGCAGUCCAGCCAGCAGCAGACACCUCCCUCGACGGGCCUGGGCAAUCAUCACAUUACCUCGAGUGGACAGACGCAUCCGCACGGAGGUACCGUCGUGAACCACAACAACAACAACACCAGCAAGGCGGCCCAGCAGAACGCGGAUCGCGUCAAGAGGCCAAUGAAUGCGUUCAUGGUGUGGUCACGGGGACAGCGCCGGAAGAUGGCCUCGGACAACCCGAAGAUGCACAACUCGGAGAUCUCCAAGCGGUUGGGCGCCCAGUGGAAGGACCUGUCCGAGACGGAGAAGCGCCCCUUUAUCGACGAAGCGAAACGGCUGCGGGCGGUGCACAUGAAGGAACACCCGGACUACAAGUACCGGCCACGUCGGAAGACGAAGACGCUGACCAAGACCAAGGAGAAGUACCCGCUGGGAGUGGGCUCGUUGCUGCAGUCUUCGAGCGAAGGCAACACGAUGCGAAACACGAGUUCGAUCUCGGCGGCCCAGCAAGCUGCGGCGGCGGCUGCGGCCAACCGUGAUAUGUACCAAAUGCCUCCCAACGGGUACAUGCCCAAUGGGUACAUGAUGCACGACCCGUCGGCGGCCGCCUACCAGUCCCAGCAGCACUACAUGAGCAAUUACCACCGUUACGACAUGGGCCAGAUGCACAACGCUGCCUCGACGGGUUCGCUCAACUCGUACAUGAACGCGACCGGCUACGGCAUGUACGGCACCGUGUCCGGCGGCCAAACCUCCCCGUACGGCCUCCAGCAACCCGGCUCGCCGUACAGCUCAAUCCAGCAACAGCCCGGCUCGCCGUACGGUCUCAACCAGCCCGGCAGCCAAAUCUCCUGCCAAAGCCAUAGUCCGAGCGAUUCCAGCGUCAAGUCCGAACCCGUCUCGCCUAGUCCAACCUCCACCAACAACAACCUGAUCAUGAAGCGAGAGUACGGCCAACCGACCGGGCCCGACCUCAGCCACCUCAUCAACAUGUACCACGUGCCGGAAAUGCAAUCCUCCGAACACCAGCGGAACCUGAUGCAGCACUACCAGCACAGCGCCUCCCCCGACCUCCAGACCCAGCAACAGCAGCAGCAGCAGGUCCUCCGGACGAUGGCCCCCAUCUCGCACAUGUGAGACUUGGCCUCGUCUCCGCUAGCGCCGCCUCCCCAGCUAUCGCCGGUCCUCAACUCCGGCCAACUCUUCCACAAUCCCUCGGCCGGCACCGCCUCCGCCAUUCAACCGCCUUCGCAAUCGUCCUCAUCCUCGUCCUCGUCACCGCUGUCGGCCUAUCGCCAUCACCAGCACCAUCACCACCAUCUGCACCAUCACCACCUGAGCAACGGCGGCGGUGGUGGCCUGAACGCGGCGGCCUCCUCACCCCCGCCGGAACUUCAUCACGCCGUCAGCAACUGCGUUAGUACCGAUCGCACUAAUCACCUUAUGGACAUAUCGCCACUCUAAUCCUCACUUUACUACUCCUUUAUUAUUUAAAACAAACGAUUGGAACAUUUGUUAAGUUUUGUGAGCGGUUCCGGACCGCGCCCGCCGGAGUCCGGUUCGUGCAACUUUGAGGAAAGCAAAAAAACAACCACUGUGUGAUAUUAUUUUCAUUUCCCCCUCCUCAUACUUUCUUAUUAAUGAAUUCUGUACAUUUUCUUCUUGAAUUAACUUUAUAUUUUUUCGAGAUUCGCGUUUUAGAACAAAAAAGUUGAAUUAUUUACGAUGUUUUCUUUUGUACAAAAAAACAAAAACGCAAAAAAGAAACCCUUUUUACUCCCUCUCUCUUACUAAGUGAGCUAUUGUUAUUCGAUGCGUAUCCCACUAAUUUGAGAUACAUGCAAAAACGCAAAAGAACUGAAAUAAAAAAAUAAUGCAAAUAAAAAAAACACAAUCUUAAAUUAACACAUUCCGAGAGAGAGAGAAGCACAAAACUCAAUUCAACGGUCCACAAAAACGCAAAAAAAACACAAACUUGUACAUAUAGUUUUUUUUCGGUUAUGCACGCGACAGAAGGCCCAGUUUUCGCAUUGAACAAUGCUCGGUAGCGUAAGAGAAAGUCGAAUUGAAAAUUUUUAUUUUAUAAAUAAACUGAACUUAGAGAAAAAUCAAUCCAUUUCUGUUUUUACUUUUUUGAAACUUUGAGAACGUCAUCGCCUGAAAUUUGGGAGGGGAAUAACCCAAAUUUAGCCUCCCUUUUGACAGAGAAAGAGCAGUUUUGAGAUAUCCAAACAUUUUUUCGUAAAAGAGAAUUUGUCUAAACGUUUACUAACACUCCUUUUUCGGGUUGUAACACUUGUCAGGUCGAAAUGCUGAAACUGUAAAGACAUCUGAAAAAUAAUUUUAACGCAAGUAAAUUCUUUAACUUUUUUUUAUCAUACAUAGGGGAACAGCAUAUAAUUCCUGCUUGCCUCUAAUGUUGGCAGGUCAGACCUUUGACUUUCAAUUAAUGCUAAUUAAAAGCGUUUUAAACUGAAAUCGAGUGAUAAAUAGCUCAAUAAAAAGUGAACAAGCAAAUUUCUAUCAAAAGUUUUCUAAAUAAGUUGUUUUAAUAGUGAAAAUCAGCAAGUUGGAUGGAGUUAGGAGUGAGUGCUUAACCUGCCAAACAUACGAGAAUUUCCCCUAUAUUGGAUACAAAUUAAUUGAUUAUUAUCGUUUUUGAACAGUUGGACAGACAUUUUAAGUUGAAAGUUGAUAAACGCAAAGAGGCUAUUACUUAUGUUAAACAUUCAUUUCGCGAAAUGAUAAAUAUGUUAUAUAAAUAGUAGAUAAAGACUUCAAUUGUGUCAAAAUGUUAAAAAAAUAUUGAAAGUAUAAUAUCUUCGAUUUUUCCUAAAAUUCAUUAAAAAUGUAUUACGUUGGGAAAUGUGGACAGCUUAUGUGCCAGUAAAAAUGUACUCAGAGUAUUAGAGUAAGUUUACUUUUUUUGGGAUUUUUCAUUACCCUCAUAAAUUGAGGAAAAGUUGAAUAAAAAAAAAUUAACCAGAAAAUGUUUAAAUAUUUCAAAAACCUACGUCAUUUUACUGUGUGUGAAGUGCUUUUUUCAAAGAUUUUUUAAAUGUUUUAAUCUUUGAUUUUUCAGCAUAUUUCCGUUUUUUUAAUAGAAAAAGUUUCCUUUUUCAUUUUAAUUUUAAACAUUUUAAUUAAAUAUAUCAAAAGAUUGGAAUGUUUUAUUUGUUACUUCUUUUUUGAUGUAUUUUUACCUCAAUAUAUGUGGAACAAAAUGCAGUUACACAUAAAAAGAUGUAAAUUUUACAUAUUGUAGCACAUUUUUCAGAUUUUUAUCAGAUGUUAUUGUAGGUGUUAUGAUUUUUUUUAAAGAUUGGAAUAUUACUUCUUUUUUGGUGUAUUUUUACCUCAAUUUAUGUGGAACAAAUGCAGUUACACAUAAAAAGAUGUAAAUUUUACAUAUUGUAGCACAUUUUUCAGAUUUUUAUCAGAUGUUAUUGUAGAUACUAUGAUUUUUUUUGAAGAUUGGAAUAUUACUUCUUUUUUGGUGUAUUUUUUCCUUAGUUUAUGUGGAACAAAAUGCAGUUACGCGUAAAAAAUGUAAAAAAAUACAUAUUUUACGAGGCACUUUUUUCACUUUUUUUUAUUUGAUGUAAUAGUUCUAUGAUUUUUCUUAAUUGUAAACGUGUAAAAACUGUCUCGAAACGAUAUGGAUAAAACGGUUUAUGCUGUAUAGAUUGUUAUGUUAAAAAAGGAGAAAAUUCGAUUUAAAAAUCUUAACAUAAUUAUGUUUCAUUAUUUUUUUAAAUAUUUUUCAACAUGGCAAAGACCGAAUUAUCGAUUGAAUUUCAAAUUCCGUAAUCUUGAAUUUAAAAAUAAAAUCAAUAAGCCGAUAUUGGUCUAAUAGAUGUUGUGGAUGUUCUUCACUUUAGGAAUCUUUGUUUCUUAACUUGCCAAAAGUCGCUUAGAGGAAACUUUUACAUGUAAAUUUUGAUUUAUUAGUUUUAUUUAAAACUGUUCUUUCGAUAUUGCCGCAAAAGAAAAAAAACAAUUUUAUCACUUUUAAAAUGUAUUAUCUGUUAUGAUUUUGUUCUUUAAGUCCAAGAUUAUUCAAAAAGUUUUCUCUGCUGUCGUUUCGGAAUCUUUUGGGGUGCUAUUCCAUUGUGGGAAUCCAGACAAAAAUGUUUGAGAUUCCCGAGUUUUUUAAAAACUUGUUAAAAUUUACACUUUUGCAUGUUUUAAUUUGCUGAAAUUUCUUUUCGGAAACUUUUUCUUAUAAAUUUGAAAUGAUUGCUAACUAAAAUUGUAUUUUUGUAACGCCAAAAAAUGAAGCAAAAAGCAGAUUUAGUACUGUCAGAAUAUCGUUUAUGUUUUUGUAUUUAAAGGUAUAUUUUAAAAGCUUUCCAUUUUUUAUCCAUGUUUAUUUCUAAUGUAAUCAUUAACUGAUAUGAGCAGGAUGAACUGAUUGUUUACACUUCUUCUUUGUCCCAGUUAUAUUGUUUUACUUGAAUUUUUCCAUUAGAUGGUAUUCAAUUGCAGGUAAAAUUGUUGAGACUCGCAUUUUUGCCACUUUUGACAGUUUCCGAGAAGCUUUUAAAAUGCUUCAAUGGUUUCCGAGAAUCAUACAUCCGGUUUGAUUUUCAAUCUACAUUGAAGUUGUUUAAAAGCUUUUUAAAUUAAUUUGGGCAACAAAUUUAUGAACGAUUUUCAGAUAUUCAUCCUAUAAAUAUUAAUUUUAUGGUUUCAUUUUAUUCUGUGUUCCUUAAAGUGAUAAAUCAAAUGUUACUAUGCCUGACUUGGGACAAAUCAAAAUUUAAAAAGAAGUUCUUAAUUGUUCACACAAGAUUUAAAAAAAUCCUCGGUUUAAAUCCAAUGCAUAUUUUUUAUGAUUUGUUGGUUUCUACAAAACUUUUCAAAUUAAUAAUAAAUCCCAAAAUUGCUCUUUUUGUUCUUGAUAAAAUUGUUUCCCAAAUUAUAGUUGGGUGAUAUUUUUCCAAGUUUCAAAAAUGUUUUAUUUUUCUUAUAGUUAACACUUCUUUUUAGCAACUUUUUUACAAAAAAAAAAUCAACUCACCUUCCCUUACGCAACCAAGUGUAACACAAUUUUCUCUUCGCCAACAACAAAACUCUGCCAGCGCGAGUUCAGCAACUUUGAAGGAUAUCUCGAAAAAAGUGCUUGUAACGACCUCCCGCCCUGUCCCCGCCGCGUUGUGCUGCUCCGUUCCCAGAAGGUAGCCCAAAUUUGUGUGUGUGUGUUCAAGUGCCCAAAAAGUGCGCGUUUUUUUUUUGUUGGUAUCGUUUCGUAAAAUCAGGGAAAAUCGACCGUGUCAGCCGAGAGACAGGUAAAUUGUGAGUGCAUUAAUUGCUAUUUGUUGACCAAGGAGAGCUGCUCGCCCGUCAGGUCGUCAGCUGCCGGUUUCGAAAUUGUGGUGUAAUUUUUCUGUAAAAUCAUUCGAAAUAAUUUGGGCGCGACGACCACCUUUAACUUCAAUUCGCGGAAAAUGCCUUAAUUUGUGAGUUUUGAACUUCUGGUGUGACGAGAGGCUGGUCCCCCCGCUCGCCAGAAUUUCGAAAAAAAGGUCAUAAUCACGGAUUUUAUGUGGAUUUUAAUUAAAAACUUCGGCAGCCGAGCGCGCGUUCGCGCUCGUGGAGACUUGAUGCGUACGCAGAUAACGAACCCGGUUUUGUUUUUCUGGGCCCAAAAAUCGAAGAUCCGAGAUUUUACGAGUGUGACAACUUUACGAGCCCAUUAACGGCACCUUGCGCCCCAGCUGGGACGAGCCCAGCCAUAAAAUCAUCAAAUCGAAAUCGGCGUGAUUUCUCUAUUUCGAAAGUGCGUCACCUCUUGCGAGCUCAUCUGCUCUAGUUUGUGAUAGUAAUUAAUGUGUGAACGAAUCGAUCCGGAUCAAUUCGGAUCCCCUUCGGAAAAAGUGGUGUCAUAAAAUUAAACAAAAAAAUUAUGUUAAUCUCUCCCUCUUUUUUUCGAAACUCGAUUGUUGACUCACCGGAGCAAAAGUGACUUGACCAGAAAGCGACGAACCCGAGUUGGUUAAUUUUUAAUCAAACGGCGCGCGAAGCGCGCGCUGAGAUGUUUCUACUAAAUCUCCCGGUAACCAACAGCACCCCGUCGGCAGGCCAUCAUCAUCACUUCAUUAAGGUGAACCUCUCGGUUCGGUUGGAGUUUUCAGUUGAUUAUAGGCUUGCCCCUCUUUGGGGGGGAAUCAUUAGGGAAGGCUGAGUCCCUCCGUGACAAAUGAGGAGCCAAACCCCGUCGGCACGUUGCGGCAGAGGCUCAGAACGAUUCUUGGUCGCGAGAGCGAGGUUUGGGUCCGGAUUUGGUUCAUUAGAAGGGCGCAAGACUUGCCGCUGGAUGAUGACUUCUUUUAAGGAACGUGUGAAGUAGGUAGGUUUAUUUCGGGCAGGUUUUCGGAAAGUUCAGAACGAAUUAACACCUCAAUUUUAAGUGGAGAAGAAACGCGGGUUGUAUGCACCAGGGAAUUUUUUUGUAGAUUUGUUUUUAUUAGGGAGACUCAAUUUCACAAAAAUAAACCAUAAUUUUAAUGAAAACAGUAUGAACUUAAUUUGCUAAAAAAAGAUUUUUAGAUUGACCAUUUCCCUUGAAUGUAAAUAUGAAAUGUUUUAAUUUCGAAAGUGAUAUUUUACUGAUUUCAUGAUGAAAUGAGACGCGUGAAAUUUUAAAAAAUGGGUUUAUAAAAUUGUCUGAAUUAUCAUUUCUAAAUCUUAUGUUAAUUGUUCUCUCUUUGUUUCCUAUAAACUCUUGGGUUAUAAAUACUGAAUUCGAAGGACUGUUCCAUUUUUUCAACUGUUGAAUAAAUAGGCAAAUCUAAACCCACUUCUUUCGGUAAAAUCGAAGUAAAAAUCGGUAGCAAAGUUCACGUCUGAUUUUUAGUAAAAUAUUGUCAGUUUUUACAGAAAGUUCGUCGAGCUAAAUCGUUCUUUCAGUUUUUGGAUCAUUUUCGCAGUCAAAUUCUUGCUAUUAACUUCAAGAUUUCACAAAACAAGUCUGUCUACAGUGUUUAAUUUACAAGCAUAAUAAUCCUGGAGGGAAAUUUAUUAAAUCAUACUGAUUUUUAACUGUAAAAUUCGGGAAAAAUAUUAAGUAUGAAAAGUUGUUCAACCUUUUGUUGAAUUUUUCGAAUGUUGGAAAACUGAAUAAAGGCAUUACAAAAUUAUCAAAUUAGCUUAAAAAAUAUUUUUUUAAAUUACUGCUGAUAAAAAAAAUCAUCUCAUGAUAAAACUUUAUGUUUUAAGGAUAGAGUAUAAUUAGUUUUAAAUUUAUAACUGAUUGAAAUGUUAAGACAAUCUUUAUCGCGUUUUUUUUUUAAAUUCAUGCAAGUCUAUUUACAGCAAAGCUUUGACUAUAAUUGAAAACAGAAUUAACAGACUGUACAGUUCUGGAAAAAAGCCAAAUAAUUUUAAUCGUUAACUCUAACUGAACUUGAACGAAAAGGGUUCCAAGAUGUACAAUUUGAAGAAGAACAAAACAUUAAUUUAAAUCAUAUUUUUUGAUAUAUUAAAAAAUAUGUUGCCAAAAUUGAAUCAUAAAAAACCAAGCGUUUUACAAAAUGAUUUGAAAUUGGAAAAAAAAAGUUCUGAAAUUUUGUUAGUCGAAUGAUUGUUUAAAUUUUUUUACAAAAUUUAGUUUUGCAAAUGCCAAUGAAUGAAUGUUUUUAAUGUUUAAUUUAAUGUUAUGUUAAGGGGUUACAUACAUGUAGAAAAUCACAAAAUUUCAAAUUACAGUAAAUUCACUAAAUCCACUAAGAAGAUGAUUUUCAAUCACUCCUGAAAAUUUCAUGAAGAUAUUUCGUGAGUGAACUGAGUAAGAGACGAUUUAAGUUCGCAAUUUUGCCAUGCGCAAAGCAAACUGUCAAACUUUGUGAAUGUUUUUCUCUAAACACCAAGUUGUUUUACGGGUGCCACGAUAUCUCGAGAUGGGAUGGACCAAAUUGGCUGAAAUUUGGGGUAAAGACUCCCAAGACAUAUCCCGUGUGCAUGACGAAGCCCAAUUUUGAAAUUUUGCUUUUUAAAAAAAUACAAAAAUAAAAAACAGACGAUUUUUUUAUAUGAAAAACAUAAAAAUAUUUUUAUCUUUUUUAAAAAUAAACUUUUUGAAAAUCGGCCUUCGUCAUGCACACAGGACUGGUUUAACGAGUCUUCACCGAAAUUUUGAGCCGAUUUUGUCAAAGCAGUGUUGAGAUAUCGUGGCACCCGUUUUUUGAAACUGCGAACUUAAAAUAGCUAUAUCUCGGCAAUGGUACAUCGAAAUGUCUUCAUAUUUAUUUUGUUUAUAGAUCAAAAUGUAUAUUUAAAUGCCCUGCUAAAAGAUUUUACAAAAAAAUUAAAUGUGUACUCAUACCCACCACUGACAUUUUUGACGAUUUACAUGUAUGUAACCCCUUAAAAUAAUGUUUUCCAGUAAAAUUUUACUUCUAUUUGAAAGCUGAUUGAGUUAAACUAUUCCAAUGUUUUGACACUUUUUCGUUUAAUUUUAUUUUUUGUAUUUUUCAAUCAGGCUGAAACUUUUUUGGUGCAUUCGGUUAUGCCCAAAGAAGCCAUUUUGCAUCAUUAGUUUGUCCAUAUACAAAUAUGAUAUAGAGCAAUUUAAAGAUAUACUUGUAGGAAACUUGACGGGCUUUCCGAAAAAAUACACUAAAAGAAAAAAACACUCCACUUUUAUGAGAUUUUUUGAUUUUUAAGUUUAAAAGUCAAAUUUUAAGGCGAGCUCACGAUUUUUUUUCGUUCAAAAUUUGUGUAAAGAUGUUACAAAAAGACUCACGAAAUAUGCAGGAUGGAGCAUUUCACUUAAAAAAUACAAAAAUCAUUUACUGAAACUGUUUUUUUUAAGUGCUCUAAACAUCAAAACAUAUUGACCAUUGUCCUAAGCCCAAUCCUUGUGAAGUUACAGCGUUUUUAAAAAUAAAAAUGUUGAAAAAAUAGUAUUUUUGAUAGUUUUUGGCGAUUUCUAAUGACAGACUUGAUAUUUCAGUCUCGAAAAUAUUUUUACCGGAAAGCUCGUCCGAUUUUCCAUAAGUUUGUGUUUGACCACAUUUUAAUUGGAUGUAUGGGCUUAAAGAUAUAAGCUAAUUACAUUGCUCAUAAAUGAAAACAUAAUAUUUUUAAUUUUUAACCUUGAUAGUAAAUUAGCUUAUAUCUGUACUAAGCCAAUAACAUUUUGUGUUAUUUAUAACAAUAUGUGUUAUUCGACGAUUUUCUUUUGUUAUUGGGUUGCUAUUGGAAUAACAGACUAAACACAUUUUUAGUUAUUCUUAGAACAAAUCAUUGUUGUUAUUUUUUGUUAUUUCAUCAACUAAUCCGAUCAUCCCAAUAACAGUUGUAGGUAUUCUUUCAUAGCAAAAAAUGUUAUUCCCAAGUUGAGACCAAUAACAAAUUUUGUUACUAUAACAUAAACUGUUAUUAAAACCUUAUGCAAAAAUGGAUUUUUUUCAGGAUGAUUCCAUAACAAUUUCUGUUAUUUUAACAAUAUUUGUUAUUGAAAUGGCAUGAAUUUUGUUAAUACCGUCUGUCCGGGUUUAGUGAGCACAUUUUUAGUUUUUAAACUAUAACAAAAUUUCAGAAAAAUAUUAUCAGAGUAAAACAGAAUCACACAAACCAUGAAAUUCCGACUCUGAACUCAAAUAUUAAUAUCAAUAUCAUUGAAAAGGUUAAGUUUUCUCUACCAAUUUUAAAUUUAAUGCCUUGUUAUAAGAAAUAAUCUGGUUGCUGACCACCACGAAUCCGUCUUUAAAUCUUACUUCAAGAGUAUAAGUUUGAUCAUCCAGGUGUAAUCUUUUCCCUCCGAUUAAACCUACCUAUUUCACAAAACCACCCAACACAUCCAGCAGCUGUCAACACAUUAUGACGUUGAAACGCAUCCAACCGUGCGUCACCUUAAUCCCUGAUGCUGGUGCAUACCGAACCUCAACAGAAGCAUUUAGUUUCUCGAGCGCAUCCAAUACAUCAAAUCCACCGUAAAAAUCUACUCCUUCUCGCCGACGGGUGUUUCUAAACUUGAGGUUCUUCUCCUCCUUCUUCGGGUUAAGUUCAAGUCGCUUUUGGUCUGGUCUUGAUAGAGAAAUCUAUCAUCUUUCAAACUCGUUUGCUGUGCUGUGACUCAAUUUCGAGUGGCUUUUCGGUGGAAAAAAAAAGUUUUCGGAAAUUAUCAACACAUCUUUGGGCUAUCUUCCACCUUGAAUUUUGAGUUUAAAUCGAUAAAUGACCCCCCCCCUCUCCCCACACACCCUCAAUUUUAUUAGAGAUUCUUUAAAGUUGCUGAAUUUCAAGCUUCGCGUCGUGCGCCAAACCGUCGUCAAAUCAGGAAUCUUUUAUCUAUUUUAAAAUUAGAAAAACGGUCCUCAAGAAAAGUAUAACACAAGCACACCUAAAAAAGAAAAUAGUAACUUUUAAUCAAACAACAAACAAUCAACGCAGAAGAGAAUGAAAAAAGUGCUGAAAAUGAAACAGAAAACUCACAAAAAAACAAGUUAAGUAGUAAGUGAACAAAAUAAAUCAAAGACGACAAAUUUAGCCAGUGCUCAUUUAAUUUAUAGGAAAAAAAAAACAAACUCGAUUAUAAAACAAGUCGUGAAAAAACACUGUAAAUUAUUAUAUAAUUAAUUGAUUAGUGCUAAGUGAGAGGAAGCCCCCCGCCAAAAAAGAAAGGUUGGCAAAGUGAAACUAGUAGAACCUGUAAAUAUGUGAACAUACAAAAAUGUGUAGCGUUUUAGGUUAUUAUUAUGAUUUUUUAUUCGAUCCGUUUUGUUUACACACCCUUUUCCGCGGGGCGGGGGAUGGAGUUCGUUGCGGUGCGCUGCCUUGUUAGGGAAAUCGGAAGAAGUUGGGUAGCAAAAAGCAAACAGAAGAAAAACAAAACACAACAAAAAAACUGAAGCGGAAAGCUUAAUUUAUCGAUGCUUUGCAGCCGAUAAAAUUGGUUUCUUCUUGGUUCACGGUUUUUUUCGUUUUCCGAUAUUCGGAAGCUGAGAUUUUACGCCAGAGAGAAGGCGCGAGAUUUGUGUUUUUUUGUUGUUGUAUCUUCUUCUCGAUUGUUUUGUUACACGCAAAAGAGAUUUAGGCAAAAAAAAAAACUGGGGAAAAAACAAACUACUUGGCGGAGCCAUUCGAGAGAGGUUCCUGUUAUAAUCAUGCCCAAUUAGUUUGAUCUAGUUGUGAUUAGAGUGGGGGAGGAGGGCUGGAACGAAACGAAAGAGAGCGAAUUAUUUAAUUUAUCUCGUGAAAUAUGAGAAUUCUCAGUUGUACAUUUACGCGUCUAGUUGUUCUAUUUUUUCAAGCUAUCCCCUUUGAAAAGACGAAAAAAAACAAUGGAAAGGUGUAGAAUACAAGCACACAAAUAUAUAAUUAAACGACACUCAAAGAAGAGCAGAAAAUGAGAGAAAACGAAGAAAAACAAGCCACAAACAAAACGAUGUAAUUUGUAAAAAGUUAAUCUAGUAAUUAAAACAAAACAAGUAUAGUGAAAGUAAUUAAAACAAAUUAAACAAAGAGCGCGAGCGCGAGUCACGAGAGUGAAUGUGUGUAAACGAUACGAUUAAAAAUGAUAAAAAUCAUUAACAAACCGACUCGAUAGUGUUGAAAGUAACAAAAAAACAGCAGAUAGCAUGUUUAGUACUCUUCUAAUUGCGCUAUUAUAAUUUACACACCUCACAAACACAGAUCAGCACACCAGCAAACACACAACACAAAUGAACGACUGCAGAAAGAAA